GGGACGUGUUUCGCCCGUCUGGUCGCGCGCUCACUUUGCGACCUGCGCCGUCCUCGACUGUGGAGACCCAGCCGGCCGCGCUUGCUACCCGCCGGCACCAGGAGCUAGGGGCGCGCCGCGACGGAGCCGCGCCGCAAUGCUCACAGACGUGACGCCGUCCGUGGGCCGGCCGCCCGGCCAGCUAUACGCACAGACCGUCCGAGAUGGCUCGGUGGAGGUUGUCGGUCUGGCUAAGGGCAAAGUGUGGCCCAGUGUCAGUGUCGAGGAGAUCCUGGAUCACCCGAGCUUGCGCGGCACGCCGCUAGCGAUGCUGGCGGCGCAGUGCAACAAGCUGUCCAGCAAGUCGCCGCCCCCGCUGGCCGACGCCGCCGUCGGCAAAGGCUUCCACCCCUGGAAGAAGUCGCCGCAGCAGGGCGGCGCCGCCACCACCGGCGCCAGUGGCGCGCCGGGCGGCGGCAGCGGCAACAACAACAACAAUAACAACAACAACGGCGCCGGCGUGGGCGGCGCGGGCGGCGUGGCGCGCUCCAUGGCCGUCAGCUCGAGCGCCAGCUACGCGGGUCGACCCGUCAUGACGACGGCUGGCUGCGCCGUCGGCGUCGGCGUCUCGUCGGCUGGCGGAUACGGCGCGCCCGUCUCCUCUGGCGGAGACCUCUACUUCCCCGGGCAGCCCAUGACCACGUCGCCAGAAGCUGGCGGCGGAGCCGGGGGCGGAGGCACGCCUGGUGGCGGCGGCGGGGGCGGAGGCGCCGCCGUCGCUGCGCAUCAGGCAGCUCUUCUGGGGAAGGUGGACGUGUACCCGCGACACCCCUACGAGUCGUGGCCGUUCAACGCGAUGCCGGGCGCGGCGGCGGCGCACCCGGGAGCGCUGAAGGCGGCGGGCGACGCGUGGUGGGACGUGCACUCCGCGGCGGCAGCGGGCGGCUGCGGCUGGCUCGACAUGAGCGGCGCCACGGCGCACGCGCAGAUGGCCGCCGCCAACUACGCCGCCGCCGCCGCCACGUCGGCCGCCGCCGCCUCCGUCGCCGACUACUCCACGCUCAGCCACACACUCGCCGCCAGCAACCACCUGCUCUCCGCCGCCGGCGGACACAACCUGCUGCAGGACACGUACAAGUCGAUGCUGCCGGGCGCGGCGCAGGGCGCCUUCGGGCUGCACGCGCACCACGCGCACGCGCACGCGCACGCGCCGUCGCCGUCGCCGGUGUCUGCCGCGGCGUCGCUGCCGCCGCAGGUGCCGUCGCCGCGCUCGCAGCGCCGCUACACGGGCCGCGCCACCUGCGACUGCCCCAACUGCCAGGAGGCGGAGCGCCUCGGGCCCGCAGGCGUGCACCUGCGCAAGAAGAACAUCCACAGCUGCCACAUCCCCGGCUGCGGGAAGGUGUACGGCAAGACCUCGCACCUGAAGGCGCACUUGCGCUGGCACACGGGGGAGCGGCCGUUCGUGUGCAACUGGCUCUUCUGCGGCAAGCGCUUCACGCGCUCCGACGAGCUGCAGCGCCACCUGCGCACGCACACGGGCGAGAAGCGCUUCGCGUGCCCCGUGUGCAACAAGCGCUUCAUGCGCUCCGACCACCUGGCCAAGCACGUGAAGACGCACAACGGCGGCGGCUCCGGCUCCGGCUCCAAGAAGGGCAGCUCCGAGUCGUGCUCCGACUCGGAGGACGGCGCGUCGCAGCCGGCGGCGUCGCCCGCGUCCGUGGCGCACACGCCCCCGCUCGAUGACGUCAAGCCGCCGGGGCUGGUCUGAGCCCGGUGGGGUCCCGCGCUGCUGUACCCGCCCUACCACCACUAGCAGCCGCCGGACCCCGCCCCGGACACGACGCCCGGCCUCCCAGCACCGCUGCCCGCCGACGCCCACUGCCGGGGAAAACGCCCGCACGAGACACCGCCGCCUCCGGCGUCAGUGUCCGAUCCGACGUUUGCCGCUGUGCUCCGGCGCCAGCCGAUUACCGAGUACACAAAUCCAAAUCAGACAUGUCUGGUAUUCCUCCUUUGCGGACCUUCGAUCGUCUUUGAGAUAAUCGAAUAAUGGAACAGAAUCGCGGUUGUCUACAUUACAUCAACACACAAGUUACGUCCGAAACGCCAAACUGUACAACAUUUCCAUCGUACCACGUCUGCAGCUAUAAUCAGAACUGAUCUAAUGGUAACUUUACAUCUAUUGUCAACCGUCAUUUACACGGGACAAUUUUUCACUUACUAUUUAUACUGAAUCGGUGAAGACUGAGACUUUUGGGAAGAGUCCGAUUGAUUUCGUAGCAGUAGUGCAGGAGUUGGAGUGACAUCUCAGACAGCUCAGUAAUACCAUUGUCUGCAAAACAUUAUAAUCCAGAAUGAGAUUUUCACUCUGCAGUGGAGUGUGCGCUGAUAUGAAACUUCCUGGCAGAUUAAAACUACCGAGACUCGAACUCGGGAUCUUUGCAAGUGCUCUGCCAAUGAGCUACCCAAGCACGACUCACGCCCCCUCCUCACAGCUUUACUUCUGCCAGCUGCUCAUCUCCUACGUUCCAAACUUCACAGAAGCUCUCCUGCUAACCUAGAGAGCACUUGCCUGCGAAAGGCAAAGAUCUCGAGUUCGCGUCUCGGUCCGGCACUCAGUUUUAAUCUGCCAGGAAGUUUCAAAACAUGAUAAUGUAGGUUCCAGUCCCUGGCCAGCACACGCCCUGAAUGUAACAGUGCUACAGAAUGUAUUGCAAUUACCUCAGGAGAAAUGGGUCAUCGCUACCUACUGAAUAGAAGAAUUCACUUAUGGUCACAGUAUAAUGUGUAGAACCGCCUGUCUUUGAUCACUUUGUUGUUCACCAAGUAAUCGUGUUUCCCGUUUAUAGUACUUCGUACUUUCUCAAGGCGUAAGUAAGAAAAAGCACUGAUGGACCUAACAUGUCAUAGAAUUGCACCUUUUCAAGGUAAGAAUAGAGGGGUAUUGAACGAGAGUGACACUCUACACAUCGUGAAAUGAUGUAAAUUACAUGAACUAUUGCCAAUGUAAAUAUUCUUAACACUAAUCGCAGUUAAUUGUGUCUAAGGAGAUAACUUUAUUGCGAUAUCUGUUAAGCGUUAACAUUGCCAAUGACUCAUUAAUUUACAUCCUCUCAUGAUGUGCAGUAUUUUACAUUCGUUCAGUUCUUCUUACGCUGAAAACUCUCAGUUCUGACGAUGACAUGCCACCUCAAAGAAUACCCCUGUCCUUUUUAGUCACCCUUGAAAUCCUUCCCCCCGCUAUCCUCUCCACAAAUUACUAUCUUCACCUAUGGAAACCUCCCAAAAUCCAGGCUCCUACUGAUACUUCCACCUAUCGUCCCACGUGCCUCACCUCACUCUUUAGCAAGAUCUUCGAAUAAGUGAUCUCCCGACGCAACCAUUACACCUGAACCAACAUCGCCUCCUACUGUUAACCAGUGUUGCUUCCGUCCCAAUCUCUCCUCUGAUGACCAGCUCUGCACCACUCCCAUCUCCUGUCCAGCCAGCUCAACUCCCGUUAAUACGCUAUUUUUGGCUCCCUCGACCUAGACAAAGCCUAUGACCAUGUAUGGCACUCUGGUCUCCUUUUCAAACUCCAGAAGCAUGCACUUCCGGGUAACCAUUUCCGCCUUACUGAAUCUGUUUUAUCUAAUCGACCUUCCUUUGUCACUGUUAACAAUAUCAGUUCCCGUACUUUCCAACUCACUGCAGGAGUGCAAGGCUCUGCCCUCUUUCCUCUACACUUCGAUAUUCCAAAAACACCUCCAUCAAUCCACUUCCUUCAAUAUUGCGAUAACACUGCUUUUCUUGCCCUCUACCCUAAACUAAAGAAAUCGCAAAGAUCGCUCCAAAUUCACCUCAAUCAGUUUGACUCCUGGUGUAAACAAGGGCUUCGUAAGGUAAACCCUGUAAAACUCAGCCAGUAGUUAACUAGCACACUGAAAUAUCUUGGGCUGAUAGGCUACUCGACCGGUAACUGACAAGGAAACCUCACCUACUAGCCAUCCAACUGAAAGCCCACAACAUACUAAAACUACGAAAACUUCUAACUUGCGGAUUACAACCUCUCCAACAAUUCUCCACACUUAUAAAAACUCGAUCCGACCUAUCCUCUGCUAUGCAAAUGUUACAUGGAUCUGCAUCCCGCCAAAGUUCCCUUCAAAUCCUCGAACACCAUGCUCUCUGUCUUGCCUUCCACCUCUGUUUAACUUCCUCCACAUGGAUGCUCUACUAUCGCAUCAAAUUUCCACCACUCCGCAUCCACAUUGAACACCUCUGCAUUCCUAUUCUAUUCGCAAGCUAUAACCGACAUUGUGUACCUUCUGAUCAGCAACCCUGGUAUGCUGCCGCGCCUUUAUCAACACGUCCCACCGUCCGAUAGACUACAUAUCUUCUCCCAACGCAACAUGAACCAACCCCCUCUCCCGGAAAAUGAGAUCCGCUGGGAAAUUUAUUCCUGAUAUAAUCUUUACCUCUUUCCCAACUAUCCAGCUCUACAUCAUGGCUCCUUUCUCCUUUUCCCUCUCUAUUCAUCCCCGCCCUUUUCCUCUUGUUACCACUACCUUGUCCACACACCAAACACCUCCCCACUAUAUGUAUUUUCCACCUCCUGUUUUCCCUCUACCCACCCACCUCCAUAUCUAUAAUUUUCCGGCCUGACAGACCCCUAUCGUUUCUGCCCACACGUCUCAAUCUUGAGGGACAUAUUCUCUCCUUCAGAGAUAGCUCACAGUGCAGGUCCUUCAGCUUUUUCAGUGCAGUGCUUCAGUGCUUUUUCUCCGAAGAAUUUCAUCAUUUUGCCAUGUGGUUUUAAAAUGGAUACAUUUUCGUUUCCUAGACGUCAGUCUUUGAUUUUAAAUUAAAAAACAGCCCUAACGUGUUUUUUCUUCACGUCUUUCAUAUAUUUCUUAAAAAACUCUCAUGGCUGAUGAGCGGAAUGUAGUACCACUGACAGCCCACCCCUCGCCCCAUAUGGGCGGAAGGGUGGGCUGUCAGUGGAUUAAAUAACAAUAAACGGAGAAAAACGAUCACGUUUAUACAUAUCGGAUGGGAUUUUAAAGUCUGACAGGUGUUGAAGCAAAAUCUUUUGCAGUACGCUUGAUAAUGGUCUUAAAGUACUAUUGAUAAUGGUCUCAAGGCCGAAAUUGUAAUUGUGAAAUAAAUAGUCUCCACAUUUAACAGAGAAUAUAAUGUCCUUCAAAAAAUUUUACAUGAUUGUUAAUGCAAACCACGAGAAGUUGAUCAUUGAUGGAGACGUUUUCGUUAAUGUACAGCUUUAUACGUUACUUUACGUCACAAUCAGGAAGGAUAGCUAUUGAUACCACACAUUCUUAUUGACUCUAAAAAUGACCAAAAUGCGCUAUGAAAUUCCUCUACCGCUACAAGUUUCAGGACUAAAUUAAAGUUCACUGGGUGAAGUAUUUAGAGAGAGUAAAUCUCUUGGUCAGACGUGAACAGGACUGUUAGGAAACGACAUGUGUGCUGCGUUGGUUUCAUAACCGUCUUCGAAAAGUAGGAGGGAGAUGUUGGCAGAUCCAAGAUCUGAGUCCUGCUUUGAAGCGUAAAUAGGCAGCUAAGGAAACCAUGGUGGCGUAAGCACGAAACAAAAAUAUUGAGUUGUUGCGUAGAACGCAAUGCUUAGAUUCCACACUACCCUAUUAGGCAUUAAAAUGAGAUUCCUGUAUCGAAAGUGAAGCUGAAACAAUGUGAUGUGACGCAACUUUUCCGUGUUUACUGUGUUGUCGCCGAAAGAGCUAUACCUGUCGAUAAUUACAGAAGCAAAGGACGUAACUUAGUGGAGCUGAUGUGAUAAAAAAUACACCGCUGGUAGUAGAUUUGACCACUGUUCAUUUCCACCAUUACUUCUCAGCUAACAAUUUAAGAAGUUACACUUUUUUGUCGUUCGACGUAACGAACGCAGACGAAAUUUAAAUUUCUUGUGACUGACUUGAAUAAUAAUGUCCUUAUGUGACUCAAGUUCUUAUGAAAUAGUCUCAUCAGAUCCUCAGCCAGUCGAGCACAUUUCUCCCAAAACUAAAUUAUUACAUCAGUGAAACAUCCUGGGUUAAUACCUGACCGAAUAGUAGUGUACAGCUAAAGUAACUUUUCAACUAAGACAUUAUCAUUGGUUUAGUAUUUCACAUAAAAGACGUUCGCUAGGCGAAUAGUGCCCUUUUCACGAAAUCGCAGUGUCGUGUGCAAGAAAGAAUGAAAGGCUUGUGUAGUUUAGCAGCUGACCUCGUGGAUGCUGUUGAGGUGGAAGUGAGGAGAGAGAGGUUUUGCUGUCGGAAGUGAUUCUGGAAGUUUCACCUGGCAGUCUAGGCAACUGGGCGAGCAAGGGUGCGUGAUGGGCUAACAUAUCUCUGCCAAAGAGAUACGCUUUGCAUGGAAGAUUAACACUGCAGCUUUCACAGACUACUGAAUUAUUUGAAAAAGAGUUUCUGUCAUGUACAUACUAUACAUAUUAUAAUUAACUUGUAUUAUACGUAUGCUAUAUAUUAUAUAAUAAUAGUAAUUACGAAUUUAAUGAGAAGACCAAUAUGGGCUUGAGUCAUAAGCUGAACUGUGAAUAUUUUUGAAAGGUGCACGUCGAUUCAGCCCCCUCCUACUACUACUACUAAAUGUGUGUAUGUGACAUUAUGUAUCUGUAUAUAUAUGUAUCUGAUUUCCUGCAAAUAUCUCACAGUAUUUGGUCUUAUGUACCCGACAGACACAAACCAGUUUCACAUAUCAGAAAAAAAGCGGCAGCAGAAGCCUGCAGCUUUUUGCUGCACUUGUAGAGGGACAACUCCCGCUUGAAAAAAAAAUUAUUUAAUUUUAAAAAAGAAAGAAUGACAAAAUUUUUGUAUUGCUUCUUGCAAAUGAAUUAAUGUAACUGAAAGUGAGCUGAUGUUUUCACAAAUAAAAUAACUUGAGGGAAGAAUACAAAA